UACCAAAACAAAGCAAUGAAACGCCCAAAGCAGCAGCAGAAGAAGAAGCUACUGCGGUAGUAGCAGCAGCAGCAGCGAAUUUCUUUGUUUUAGAUAUUGUCUAUUUCUUCAGUCAUUCGUCUCACCUUGAGUAAAUUGAAAUACUGCUAAGCGUUUUGGCACUGAAGCGUUUAUCAACAGUAAUCAUGAGCAAACGGAAAGCACCGCAAGAAACUUUAAAUGAAGGCAUCACAGACUUUCUUAUUGAAUUGGCCAAUUAUGAAAAAAAUGUAAACAGGGCCAUCCAUAAGUACAAUGCAUACAGAAAAGCUGCUUCUGUGAUUGCUAAGUACCCACAUAAAAUUAAAAGUGGCACAGAAGCCAAGAAACUGGAUGGAGUUGGUGCAAAGAUUGCUGAGAAAAUUGAUGAGUAUUUAACCACAGGGAAGCUUCGUAAACUGGAAAAGAUUCGCAGCGAUGACACCAGUUCCUCCAUCAACUUUUUAACUAGAGUGACUGGAAUAGGCCCAGCUGCUGCUAGAAAGUUCUAUGAUGAAGGUGUUAAGACCCUAGAUGAUCUGAAAAGGAUUGAACAUAAACUGACCCAUCAUCAGCAGAUUGGCUUAAAAUAUUUUGAAGAGUUUGAGAAGAGAAUUCCCCGCUCAGAGAUGGAGAAAAUGGAGGCUUUAAUAUUACAAGAGUUGGAGCAGAUUGACCAGGAGUACAUUGGCACUAUCUGUGGCAGCUACAGACGAGGAGCAGAGUCAAGUGGUGAUAUUGAUAUUCUGCUGACUCACCCAGAGUUUACCUCCCAAUCCCAUAAACAACCCAAGUUACUCCAUGCAGUUGUGGUGCACCUUGAGUCUAUUGGUUUCAUCACUGAUACUUUGUCCAAAGGAGAUACAAAAUUCAUGGGUGUAUGCCAGCUACAAAGAAAAGCUGAGGACAUGAAGGAUUAUGAUCACCGCCGUAUUGAUAUCAGACUCAUUCCUAAAGAUCAGUAUUUCUGUGGUGUGUUGUACUUUACUGGAAGUGAUAUAUUUAAUAAGAAUAUGAGAACCCAUGCUCUUGAGAAAGGCUUCACCCUUAAUGAGUACACUAUUCGUCCACUAGGAGUCACGGGUGUGCCUGGAGAGCCCCUAAUGGUGGAUAGUGAGAAGGACAUAUUUGACUACAUCCACAUGAAAUACAAAGAGCCAAAAGAACGCAGUGAAUAAAAAAAAAAAAGAAUUUUCAUUGACAUAAUACAAGGAAUCGUAGCUUCUGGUUGUGGGGUUGUACAGAAAUAAGAAAAGUAUGCAGUGGAUAUAAUAUCUGUCUUUUUAAUUAUUUGGAUAAAAAAAAAAACUAGGUUUUUAUUAUGUUUACUUAAAGUUACUUUUAUUUUUUUUUUUUAAAGCUACUGUUAUUUUAACCAUUACCAUUCUUUUUUUAAUGUGCUUGAUUGCUGUAAGGAUAAGUACAUUAGCAACAAACUGUUACUUAUGAACAGGACAAAGAAUGUGUCAACGUUUAAACAAUUUAGGAAAUGAGAUGCAACUUUGUUGUCUGCUGUGUAUUAUUGUAGCUGGUAUUAUUAUUCCAUAGUUUCUACACUGACUAUUUCGACUACUUUUUAUGCAAUUUGCAAAGUGAAUUGUAGAUCUGUGCAAAAUUCUAUUUGACUAUUAAAAUCCACAACCAACA